AUGAUUCCUCAACUGAUUGCUGCGCUGACUGCUCUCACGGUGCUGCCUGUGACGGCUAACCCGGUUGAGCUGUUGCGUCGAGAAACAGUUGGAUCCACCGACAUUGUCGGACUUCCCGAAACGGUUCCAGCCGGUGCCGCUGGCGACCGCUAUUUGACCUACCAGCCCAAGCUAAAGGUUGUCAAUGGCUGUGUGCCUUUCCCAGGCAUAGAUGCCGACGGGAACACGAAUGCCGGUCUCAAACCAACAGGACGUACCAAUGGUGAAUGCAGUUCAAGCACGGGACAAAUAUACGUGAGAAGCGGUACUUCGGGUGGCAAGAAUGCCUUGAUGUAUUCUUGGUAUUUCCCUAAGGAUGAGCCUUCUACUAAACUCGGCCAUCGCCACGAUUGGGAGGGAGUUAUUAUCUGGCUUUCCGACGCCACAGGUACCGAUGCCUCGAACAUCGAGGCCGUGUGUCCGUCGGCACAUGGUGGCUGGGAUUGCAGUACAGAUGGCUUCACACUUGAUGGCACCUCAUCUCUGAUCAAGUAUGAGUCCAUCUGGCCUGUGAAUCAUUCUUGCGGCUUAACAACUACUGUUGGCGGCACACAGCCGUUGGUUGCCUGGGAGUCAAUGUCAACUGUCCAGCAAAAUGCCUUGGAUACAACCGACUUCGGAUCAGGGAAUGUUCCUUUCAACGAGGGAAAUUUCGCGGACAACCUAGCAAAUGCAACAUACUGA